AUGCGAUCUUGUUCUUUUUCUUCUAUUGCCGAUGGCCAUCUUUCUCUUUCGGCUAACGGGACAUCCAAUCUUCUUGCCCAACAAGCUGCAAAUGGCGACCUACAGGCUUAUGCCAUGCAUAAGAAAGCGAAAGAGAGAAUGGUCUUGAUACGGGGCGGGAUCAGGAAGCUCAACCCUGACUUGCAUGACGAGUUGCUGAAGAGCAAAUUCUUUCUCCCAUUGUCGUUAUACGGUAAGUUUGUCUGCGAAGUCACCAAAGACGACCACAUCCUAGUGCGUUUCAAGGAGAACGCCCCUAUCAAGACCUCCCAGGCCGGUAGAUGCCAGGGGUUGUCCUCAGUCAUCGCCAGCAAGGGCCCCAUCACCACUCAAGCGGUGGAGAUUCUUCAGCGCAUUUUCAAACAAAUCUUCAAAGAACCACGAUUCAUGCGAACAGGAGAAGCAUGCGGCGCUGACAAUAACGACGAUAACCUAACUCCUCAGCCUAUCAUCGAUCAAGCCCCCAAUGAAAUGAGUCGAGUCCUACACAUUACUGAUGAACUAGAUUCGAAGUCCUUAUAG